AUGAUGCAAGUUGAGAAUGAAGAGGACGAAAAUGAUGGAAUCGACUUCGGGCGUUUGAGGGCAGAGCUAGACCGCUUAUUAGACGAAGGCCUUCAUGAAUCCGAUGACGACGAGAUCGAAGAGCUCGAUGACAACACUAUCAAUAUGUAUUAUAAAAUUCGCCGCCCGAAUACCACGACCAAGAUCUACGGAGUUGACCGGUUGAGCCGCUCACUCUAA